AUGACUGUAGAAUACAUUAUCUGCUAUAUCGGCGUCUUCAUACUCGCUAUCCUCGGCAGCUACUAUAACAGCAUCUUCCCUGCCUUGCUACAGGAAGUGCACAGCUUAGAGCAUUGGAAUCCUUAUUAUGAAACAGAUGACGAGGACGACGAGGACGACGACUCUGGCGAGGAUGAUGAGUCUGACGGAAGUGAUGACGAUGAAUCGGGUACAUACUCUCACUCAUCUGAAACUUUGUAA